AUGAAAAGGGUGUUUGAAGACAUCACAAAUGUGAGUCGAAAGAACAUUAAACUGACGAUACACAAGUCGGAACACAGGAGGAAACUCUUGAGAUGGCUCUAUGAGGUUGUUAAUGACUUUGAGUACUCGCAGGUAACUUUUUCCAUUGCUGUGCUUAUUUUAGACAGGUAUGUAGAGAUGUGCGGACUUGAUCUUACAAAGUACCAACUGGUUGGUAUUUCUGCGCUCUUUUUGGGCGCCAAACUAGAAGAGAAGCACCUUAGGACGGUGGAUGAUUAUGUGCUUGUUACGAGCGAUUCGUUUCUAAAGCAGGAGAUCCUUGACAAAGAGGUGGAAAUGCUCAAGGUUCUUGAGUUUGACAUGAUCAUGAAGCUUCCACAUUGUCUUCUCAGAGAGGCACAAAUUGAAAAGAUGUCGGAGAGAUAUAGCAUGAAGCAAAGACAGGAGAUAUUUUUCUGUGCAUUUUCAUAUUUAAUAGAGAAAAACAGCUGUAAAUGGAAUGCACUGCAACUGUAUACUAAAGGGAUCCAUGAGGCAUCUAACCUGCUUGCUGGAUAUGAGGCUGACAUCGACUUCAAGUUUUAUCUUGAAAACAAUAGAAUAAUUAAAGGCAUAUUUAUGUAUUCAUUAUAUCGAUUGUUUGAUAUCUAA